UGUGCUAAGCCCCGCCCAGACUACAUAUCCCAGCAUUCCUCGGGAUCAAACGCGUUGCAGCUGUGCAAAGGAGCUGAGUAUCCUCUGAGGUGCACUCUCCAUGUUGUUUGAACCUGACUGGGUUUGCAGAAGACAUUUUGCAUUCGGAUCGGAGCUAAACCAUGGCUCUGACUCAUAGAGAUUUGCCAGGAAGAGAAGGCAAGAUGCAGACACAGAGAAACGUUUUUAAGCAGAGGUUGGCUGGCCAUCUAUCGGGAGAGAUCGGAUGGUGUUUGCUUGUUUUCCUUCCACAGAUGGAUCUGGUGCUGCCCUUUAUGUGGAAGGGCCGGCCGUUCCCGGGCCGCUGCUGCCAACGCUGCUCCCCGAAGAGCUGGCAAUCUCUUUUCCAUAAGCACCUGCCGUCUUUGGGAUUUUGCAAUGUUAUCAAGAUAACAGAAGAAAACACCCGAUACAGAGGCUGGCUGGUCAGGCGGCUGUGCUAUGUCCUUGCGGUCAGCGGAUGGACAUUCGGGGCCGACGUCCCGAGCGACCUCCAGGACACAAUCUUCGCCAGCAAGAGGGUGCAAGAUGCCGUGCGCCAGGUGGUGCCCGGGGGCAAAGGAGAUGCUACUCCAGACAGGGAUCUGUUUACAUUGCAGUGGGCCCAAGAGAUCUGCCGGAUCCUAGGUCAGAUCCAGGCCUCCUUGUCUCCUUUCCUGCUGAGGCUCUGCCACUGGGCUCUCCUCCAGCUCCUCAACCGGAUCUUCCUCAAUGUCAUCGUCCACAAAGGGCAGCUGGACAUGGUGCGCAGAGCAGCCCAGACCCCUGACGUCCCCACGGUCUUCCUGUCAACGCACAAGUCUCACCUGGACGGACUUCUGAUUCCGUUCCUCCUGGUCUCUCAGGGUCUCGCCUUGCCCAGAGUCGCGUGGGAUUGCAAAACAUUCACUCCAAAAUACAGGAUGCUGCUGGCUCACUUAGGAGGAGUAUUUCUUCCUGAAGAAAUGGAUCAGAUGCAAGACAGCAAACAGCAAACGCUCUCCAAAGCUGUAUUAGCUUCAUAUGUGGACGAGCUGUUGAGGCGCAAGCAUCCGCUGCUGAUCUUCUUGGAAGAGCUCUCCCCGGGCCCCUCGCAGCUCUCGGCCGCCGGACAAACGUGGUUGCGACUCGUGGUCAACGCCUUCCGCGCCGGCGUCGUCCCCAACAUCAUGGUGGUCCCGGUCGGGGUCUCCUUCGACGUGGCACCUGGCUUGGUUAACAUGGAUCAAGGGGGUCCGGCGAGGGCCAUGGGUCUCUGGGGGUCCCUCUGGGCCGUCUGCCGGACCCUCCUUGGCCGGUGUCCAGGCUGCGUCCGCAUCGAUUUCGCCCAGCCGCUCUCUUUGCAGGAGUAUGUUUCCAACAACUUCUCCGGACGGAGCUGCCAAGAAAGGCGUUUGGAGGAACUUCUCUUACCGGAAAUCCUGGGCGAAAGCAUUCUGGAUGGCGAGAAACCGCAGCUUCGGACAACCGGCUCCCAGAGUUUCGGAGCGCUGGAGGCCAAGCAAGACGUCUUGAUUGACAACCUGAGCCGCCACUCAUUGAUAGCGGGCGCCUCGUGUUCGGCCAUUAUGGCGGUGGAAGUCAUGGCCGCCCUUUUGCUCCACAAACACCAAGAGGGCGUGCUGCUCUCCCGGCUGAUGCGGGACUUUGCCGGUCUGGUGGAGGAGGUGCUUCUGCGCCAAGGGGACCUGGGCUUCUCCGGCCAAGUGCGCCACGUGGUGCGCCACGCCCUGCGCCUCCUGCGCCCCUGUGCCACCGUCUACCUCCUCUCCGGCCACGACGCCCUGGUGGCCCCCAAGAAGACCCCGGCCGCCCAGAGGGAGCUCGGCCAACACAGCAGCGCCCUCCUGCCCCUCUUCGCCCAGGAAGCGGCCGCAGCCUGUGCGGUGAACGCUCUGCUGGUGGAGCUGCUGCCUUUCCUGGGGAGCCCGGAGCAGCUCCGGGAUGCGGUCCUGGUCCAGGAGGAGCUGCAGGCCAAGACCCUCUCCCUGGCCCAGCUCCUGCAGGGUGGGCUGCUCCUAUGCCAGCCUUGCGAGUCUUUGCAUUCCUAUUGCCAGGUUGCAGUCGACAAGCUGAUCCAAUCUGGGUUGAUAGUCGCCGAGGAGAUGUCCGGCGACCUCUUGCCCUGCGAUGCGACCCGGAAGCGGAAGCUGCUCUGGAAGCCGGCGGAGGAUUUUGGGGACAGCGACAGCGAUUUUGGGGACGAGCCUGGGAAGCAUUAUUUCAAGGUCAGCCAACUGGACAGCAGCUGCGCCCUUUUCGAGUUUCUCUGCUGCCUCCUGAGUCCGGUCCUGAAGACCCUGCAAAGAGCGGCUGCCUUUUUGAGGGAGGUCAAGGGUCCCCAGCCAGAGACGCAAUAUCUGGACGAUCUGUAUCAAUUCUUAGUGAAGAAGGCAAAAGAAGACAAUUCUUUCGAAUGUGCCGACCGGACCCUGGCCGAGAUCUCAGUCAAAAUCUAUAAAGAAUUGGGGGUCCUGAAAGAGAUCCCAGCACAAAGCGGAACCCUUCUCUUCGUCUCCGAAAACUUUGCUUCCAAAGUGAACCAAGAGAAACUUGAGAAGUUUGUCCACCAAUUUAUUUACAACUAGGUUCCUAAACAUAACCAUGGAAAGUGAUAAUUUCUUCCACUUUCCUAGUUUGGAUAGUUAAUUGUUGACAGUUGGAAAGAGUUUUCUUUUGUUAAAGUGUUGCUAAAAACAAAACUUUUGUUUUGCUCUUUUUAAUUAUGUUUACCUUUUGUUGCUGAGAUUGUAUGGAUGAAUACAAUAAAAUCAGUAAUGUUUAA